AAGGAAUGUGAGUGGAUCAAAAGAAGGAGGUGGGGCUGACAUGGAAGGCAACCAGACGGGGAGAUGGAAAGAUGAGAUUACUCGAAAGUCUUCGCUGACGUCCUCUGGGGCUCAGUUUAUCGGCUGAAAUCUUUUAUUUUAACGAAAUUUACAAAUGGCUAAUUAUCAUGAGGAUCUACAAAUAGACCGACUGUAUUUAACCAACCAGGCAGGACUGUCCGAGAGUGACCUAGAGAUUGUGCUCAACUACCUUCACACCAAGAGCAUUAUCAACUUGGUGGAGCUUCAGAAGUACAGGAACAACAGGACGUCCCUCCUCUCCCGGGUCACCGCGUUCCUGGAUAAUCUGGAUAGGAAAGGCCCGGACGCCAUCUCUCAAUUUUAUCGGGCGUUUGAAGAAGCAAACAACAGAGCGUUCCAUCAGCUUCCCUCCAAAUCAAGCUGUGAUGUUGAUGGACCAACUCCUGGAGCGACAAAAUGGUACCCGGAGUCUGAAGGGUCUGAGAUCUACUGUAAGAAGCUGAAGCAGGACAUGCCAGAGCUGACAAACGGCGCUAGGCUGAGUGACAUCGUUCUCCAGCAGCUGGUUCAGUAUUUGGCCAUUGAGAAGGUCUUCAAUGAGGCAGAAAAAGAGAAGUACUUGACCAGGAAUGAGGAGUUGCACUGGCGAGUGACAGAGUUUCUCAGAGACGUGAGGAGUAAGGGCAGACGUUCCUGCCGCCUUUUCUACCAGGCUCUCGAGCUGUAUAGCAGCGACGUCCACAAUUCACUUCCCAGCUCCAAGUUCAACGAUAUGGAGCCAUUGCAGUUAUGCUGAAAAAGAUGGAGAGCAAGGAGCAGUUUGCGAUCCCCAGCCCAGGGUUUGCAGUUUGGGAUAAG